AAUCAACGACUCACCACUCUAGAGAAGAAGAAGAAAACUCAGCGACGGAAAGAAAGGACUGAAACAUGUCAGGAAGAGGCAAAGGAGGAAAGGGUUUGGGAAAGGGAGGAGCCAAGAGGCAUCGUAAGGUUCUGAGGGACAACAUCCAGGGGAUCACCAAGCCGGCGAUCCGCCGUCUGGCCAGGCGUGGUGGCGUCAAGCGUAUCAGCGGUCUCAUCUACGAGGAGACCCGCGGCGUCCUCAAGAUCUUUCUCGAGAACGUCAUCCGUGACGCCGUUACUUACACCGAGCACGCUCGCCGGAAGACCGUCACCGCUAUGGAUGUCGUCUACGCUCUCAAAAGGCAGGGCCGGACUCUGUACGGAUUCGGAGGUUGAUGAAUCGGUCUUCUUUUAUGUUCUAGGGUUAAGGUUUAUUUAGGUUUCGAAUUGGGAAUUUGCAUUAUGAAUGUAACUUUUGGAAAUAUUAUGUAAUUUCAAUCUUGAGUUCUUAUUAUACAAAUGGCUUUUGUGAUGAAA